GGGCCGCGGGGCCGGCGCCCGCCGCGAGCCAUGGGGCUGCCGGCCGCGUAGGGGCCAUGCCGCCGGGGCCCCACGCCUGCCCCGCUCCGCGCCGGGAUGGUGAACCUGGCGGCUAUGGUGUGGCGCCGGCUCCUGCGGAAGAGGUGGGUGCUCGCCUUGGUCUUCGGGCUCUCGCUGGUCUACUUCCUCACCAGCACCUUCAAGCAGGAGGAGAGGGCAGUGAGAGAUCGGAAUCUCCUCCAGGUCCAAGACCACGAUCAACCCAUCCCGUGGAAAGUACAGUUUAAUUUGGGCAAUAGUAGUCGGCCCAGCAACCAGUGCCGGAACUCCAUUCAGGGGAAACACCUCAUCACAGACGAACUGGGUUACGUCUGUGAGAGGAGAGACCUGCUGGUGAAUGGCUGCUGCAACGUCAACGCCCCUGGCACGAAGCAGCACUGCUGUGACGGCUGCCUGCCCAACGGCUGCUGUAGCGCCUACGAGUACUGUGUCUCCUGCUGCCUGCAGCCCAGCAAGCAACUCCUCCUGGAGCGCUUCCUCAACCGGGCAGCUGUGGCAUUCCAGAACCUCUUCAUGGCAGUCGAAGAUCACUUUGAAUUGUGUUUGGCUAAAUGCAGGACCUCAUCCCAGAGCGUGCAGCACGAGAACACCUAUAGGGAUCCCAUAGCAAAGUACUGCUACGGAGAGAGCCCUCCCGAGCUCUUCCCCGCGUGACGCUGCGGGAGACUCGGCCCUCUGGGAGGAUGUGCUGCUGAAGAACUUGCAGCCUGAAGCUUUUCUCUGGUCUUCGAGAGAAGACUUGAUCAUGACCACUUCUUGUGUUGUGCUCUGUGGCCUCACUUGCCCCCAGGCUGACCAGAUGGACUUGCUCCGUAAAGCAGUUGGAAACGCCAGCGGGUCGCAUUCGAGAAAGACAGUAACGGCAGAUGACCUGGUGGAGGCGUCAGCGGUCUGGGCGCCUCGGCCCUGCGGCUGCUUGGGAACCUGUGGGCCCCCUUGUGUGUUCUCCCCGGGCCCUUCACUGUAAAGUUAUUUAUUGGACUUCUUUGGAGUGGUGGGAAAAUUCUGUUUCCUGUAGGAAAAUGUUUUGCCGUGAUAGUUGAAUAUAUUCAAGGAGAUUGUU